AUGAAGGACGAACACCAGAAUUACGCUGAUCAAUUAACAAGACGAUCUUUAACAACCACCAACCACUGUCCGAGGCACUGCCUGCCAAUUCAGUCAGCUCAUAGCAGAGCCAAUAAAACUGCCGGCUCUGGGGUCAUUCUUGACGCUAGUCUCCACCAGCACGACGAGGAUGUGAUCCUGCCGCCCGCUUCUAACUCGAUAACCCUGAAAUCGAAUAUUCGAGAUUCACGAAACUAUAUGACAAAUUCACUUGAUGAAGGCUUGAGUAGACUUCUAUAUUUGGCGCUGCCUGCAAGCCUUUUGCUACAUCUCUUGAUGCAUCUUUUUAACAUUACCAUUGUCGAAAUUCAUCGCAACCCUUCACCAGCGAUUCCAAUGGACAGUUCCGAUUCUUCGAAUACAAAAAAGCGGACCCCCACAGAAUCUGCGGAUACAGUCCCCCCUCCCCCUCCUGAUGGCGGCUUGACUGCGUGGUUGCAAGUUGUGGGAGCCUUUUUCCUCUUCUUCAACUCCUGGGGUAUCCUCAACGCCUACGGAGUAUUCCAGAGCUACUACCAAUCGGACCUGAUCCCUACAUACUCAUCCUCCGCUAUCACCUGGAUCGGCACCGUGCAAGGUUUCGUCCUGUUUCUGGUUGGAGUGAUCGUCGGCCCCAUCUUUGACAAAGGCUUUCUGCACAGCUUGAUUGCCUUUGGAACCUUCAUGGUCGUGUUCGGGCUGAUGAUGACCUCCCUGUCAACCCAGUACUACCAGCUCUUCCUUGCGCACGGCAUCACAGUGGGCAUCGGCUGCGCAUUUCUCUUUCUACCCAGCAUCGCCAUCGUCGCCACCUACUUCACCUCACGCCGCGCCGUCGCCACCGGCAUUACAGCGUCAGGAGGCAGCAUCGGGGCGGUAAUAUACCCCAUAAUGUUCCACAAACUGAUCAGCCGAGUAGGGUUCGGCUGGACGACACGGAUCAUCGGCUUCGUAGCGCUAGCUGGACUCUCCGUCUCAAUGCUGGUAUUAAGGCGGCGCCUACCACCACCAACGAAGAGCAGAUCUUUACUGGACGUUGCUGCUCUCAAGGAACCAGCCUUCCUGGUCUUCAGCUUCGGCCUGUUCUUCUGCUUUGUGGGACUCUACUUCCCCUUCUUUUACCUCCAGAGUUACUUUACCUACUACCUGCACAACGACAGCAGCUUAGCAUUCUACAUUUUCGCAGUCCUGAACGCUACCUCCGUGCUGGGCCGCAUCACCCCCGGUCUUAUGGCCGACCGUAUCGGCGGCUUGAACACUCUGGUGCCUAUUAGUAUCCUGGCGACCAUUUUGGCAUUUGUGUGGAUCGCCGUGCGCAACGUGGGCGGGGCGGUCGCUUUUACCUGCUUGUACGGCUACGCUUCCGGGGCGAUUGUCUCCCUGCCACCGUCUAUCUUGACACGCAUGUCUCCGAAACUGGGUGUUGUGGGCACGCGCCUGGGCAUGAUCUUCAUGUUUGCUGGUUGCGGGUUCCUGAUCGGUACGCCGAUUGCUUCGCUUCUGCUGGAUCUAGAGGAGGCUUCGUUUUGGAAGGCUCAGCUAUUCAGUGGUAUGUUUGUCGCUGCUGGGACGAUCUGUUUUGUUCUUCUGCGGGUGAUGCUGUGGCGGAAGGGCGGGGGCUGGAAGAUUUGAGAG